AUGAGGAGCAGGAGAAAUAAUCUCGUUGUGUUCGGAUUCAUGAUGAUUAUAUCCAUAUUAGUAAUCAUCUCUGUAGCUCCGACACAUAGGAUAGGCUUUGGAGAUUACCAUCCGGAUCGCGGGUACAAUUACUCGACUAUCCGACGAAGGCUUUUGGGACCACGUUCGUCAUCAUCUAAUCGGCCAAUUUCGCAUUGUGACGUCAUCAAGCAGGUUGUGUACAUCAAGACCCAUAAGACUGGUUCCACCACACUAGAAACUUUAUUCAACCGGUUUGGAUUCUAUCAUAAUUCAUCAUUUAUCUUCAAUAAACAUGGAGCUCUUGGCCAUUUCGAAUCAAUGGACCUACGUGAAGCUGACGUCAUCAAACAUUUGCUACCACCCUUGGGUGUGGAGGAAGGAGAUUACGAUAAGUAUAGGAAUUACGAUACAAGUACGAUUCACGUGCGAUUUUACCGCGAUGUCUUUGAUCGGUUUAUGGCCAAUGAUACGCGUUAUGUUUCUAGUGUUCGCAAACCUGCCGACCAAUGGGAGUCUGCUUUUAACCAAUUUGGGUUUAGAAAAGUCAUUGCAAAGCUGGCCGAUGCUAAUAACCACACAAUCAUUGUUAAUGGCUCACUCAAAUUACCCUUUGAUAAAAAUAAUUCCACGCUCGAUGCAAUAAACGAAUUCCUUCGACAGCCAGAAAUAUACAUUGAUGCGCUGAAAAAGUGGGGGAAUGUUAUUUGGCAUUUCUCGCACAACGACCAAACCUUUGAUCUCUGUACUGAUCUCGAAUCGACGCAGCUUUACAACGAAACGCUUGUUAACCGGACACUCGAUCGACUAGUCGACGAACUGGAUUUCGUUAUCGUCAACGAAUACUUCGAUGAAUCUUUGGUGGUGAUGAAGAAAGCAUUUUGCUGGGAUUUUACCGAUAUCCUGUACGUUCCACAGAAUAAGCGAGUAGUAAAAGACUUGUUGCCGGAGGCCACCCGGGCUAAAAUCCGCGCGUUUAACAGAGCAGAUACACUCCUUCAUCAGCGUUUCAAUGAAUCUCUGUGGAAAAAGAUCAAGGCUUACGGACCGGAUUUCGAGAAAGACCUGGACCAUUUCAGGCAAAUGUUGGUUGAUGUCAAAUCAGAGUGUUCGGACGAAGGAGAAACCAUCCAUAAGGGACAGUCUUAUCAAAUACUAAAUAUUAGACCAAAGAAGAAUUCGACCUUGUUUUGUCACUUGCUGGCAGAAAACAUUAUUGGCUCAUUCAACAGAGUCUACCAGAGACAGAAGAACCAGGAUCUAAAGCAGAGUAUAGGAUAGAGCAUGGGUGUUAAUCGAUGGUGGAGAGGGUUUAUUUCCAAUUCGUCCCAUGCCAAUUCGUCCAAUUGCCAAC